AUGGGUUUGCCUUGGUAUCGUGUUCAUACCGUCGUAUUGAAUGAUCCGGGUCGUUUGAUUUCUGUUCAUAUAAUGCAUACAGCUCUAGUUGCUGGUUGGGCCGGUUCGAUGGCUCUAUACGAACUAGCGGUUUUUGAUCCCUCUGACCCCGUUCUUGAUCCAAUGUGGAGACAGGGUAUGUUUGUUAUACCCUUCAUGACUCGUUUAGGAAUAACCAAUUCAUGGGGCGGUUGGAGUAUCACAGGAGGUACUAUAACGAAUCCGGGUAUUUGGAGUUACGAAGGUGUGGCCGGGGCACAUAUUGUGUUUUCUGGCUUAUGCUUUUUGGCAGCUAUUUGGCAUUGGGUGUACUGGGAUCUAGAAAUAUUUUCUGAUGAACGUACAGGAAAACCUUCUUUAGAUUUACCUAAGAUUUUUGGAAUUCAUUUAUUUCUUUCAGGGUUGGCUUGUUUUGGGUUUGGCGCAUUUCAUAUAACGGGGUUGUAUGGUCCUGGAAUAUGGGUGUCCGAUCCUUAUGGACUAACCGGAAGGGUACAAUCUGUAAAUCCAGCGUGGGGUGUGGAAGGUUUUGAUCCUUUUGUUCCGGGAGGAAUAGCCUCUCAUCAUAUUGCAGCAGGGACAUUGGGCAUAUUAGCCGGCCUAUUCCAUCUUAGUGUCCGUCCGCCCCAACGUCUAUACAAAGGAUUACGCAUGGGAAAUAUUGAAACCGUCCUUUCCAGCAGUAUCGCUGCUGUCUUUUUUGCCGCUUUUGUUGUUGCUGGAACUAUGUGGUAUGGUUCAGCAACUACCCCGAUUGAAUUAUUUGGUCCCACUCGUUAUCAAUGGGAUCAGGGAUACUUCCAGCAAGAAAUAUAUCGAAGAGUUAGCGCUGGGAUAGCCGAAAAUCAAAGUUUAUCAGAGGCUUGGUCUAAAAUUCCUGAAAAAUUGGCUUUUUAUGAUUACAUCGGUAAUAAUCCGGCAAAGGGGGGAUUAUUCAGAGCGGGCUCAAUGGACAACGGGGAUGGAAUAGCUGUUGGGUGGUUAGGACACCCUAUCUUUAGAGAUAAGGAAGGGCGUGAACUUUUUGUACGUCGUAUGCCCACUUUUUUUGAAACAUUUCCGGUUGUUUUGGUAGACGGAGACGGUAUUGUUAGAGCCGAUGUUCCGUUUCGAAGGGCAGAGUCGAAGUAUAGUGUCGAACAAGUAGGUGUAACUGUGGAGUUCUAUGGUGGCGAACUGAAUGGAAUCAGUUAUAGUGAUCCUGCUACUGUGAAAAAAUAUGCUCGACGCGCUCAAUUGGGCGAAAUUUUUGAAUUAGAUCGUGCUACUUUGAAAUCCGAUGGUGUUUUUCGUAGCAGUCCAAGGGGUUGGUUUACUUUUGGCCAUGCUUCAUUUGCUCUGCUCUUCUUCUUCGGACAUAUUUGGCAUGGCGCUAGAACCUUGUUCCGAGAUGUUUUUGCCGGUAUUGACCCAGAUUUGGAUGCUCAAGUAGAAUUUGGAACAUUCCAAAAACUUGGGGAUCCGACUACAAGACGACAAGUAGUCUGA